AUGGGUGCAGCUCUCUCACUUUUUUCACUACUUCGUGCUUCGAUUGCACAUCAGUUAGCUAGAGGUGACAAGAGGCCUACUACAGCUGGAGCUGCUGUAUAUAGCCCUCUGUUCCUAAACCUCGUCUAUGACGGGCUUGUGCUUGGCCUGUACUGUACCUACGUCUGGCGCUGUCCGGCCACAGUCUUGCAAAAUCUGUAUAACACUCUCGUUGCAGAAAUACAGAACUGCCUCGAAGAGAAAGAAUCUUUGGUGGGGUCAGACAGCCCGGCCGCCAACACGAGAAUUCUGGACGUCGGCGUGGGCACAGGUUAUUUCUUAGCCUCAACGCCAUUACCCGAAAACACCUCAGUCACUCUCUUUGACCUCAAUCCGGCGUGUCUUGAGGCGGCAUCUCUUAGAUGCAAAGAAUCACAUGCCGGGCUCUAUGACCUCGAAAUCAAAACAGUUUGCGGCGAUUUCCUUGCCCCUGCGGAUGACCCAAAUUCUAUUCACCAAAAAUUAGUCAACAAUCAGCAACAACGACGCUUCGACGUUAUCAUGACCUCCUUCCUACUUCACUGUGUCCCUGGUCCGCCUCAGCGCAAAGCCAGGGCACUGGCAAGUCUCUCGAGACUUGUCGAUCCGCAAUCUGGAGUACUGGCCGGGGCAACUAUCUUGGGUGAUCGCGCGGAAGAUGUGCGGCACAAUAUUCCUGGGCGUUUCAUAAUGUUUUGGCAUAACGCCUUAGGAAUGUUCGACAACCGAGAAGAUGAUGCUAUGAGUUUGGUUGGUGCCUUGCGUGAUCAAUUUCACGACGUCAAAUGGGAGAUUGUUGGAACAGUCCUUGUGUUCCAAGCGCGUCUACCCAAGGGAGACCAAGAUAGUUAA